AAGCUGACAUGAAGUAGACAGACACCUUCUGAAGUUUUUAUGCAUGCUGUGUUUUUUCUCCUUGCUGCAACAAGAAAAGCCUUUUCUUUUAACCCAGCUGCCUUUGAAGAAGUGACUCAAACAUCUUCAUGGCCUCUAAAGAUGCGCAGAACCAAAGAAGUAGAGGUUUGCCUGGCUUUCUUCCUGGAGCUCCAGACCCUGACCACAAUUUUCAGGUCUCACUUCCCAACCCAGGGAACCAAGUGUGGCAGCCAGUUCUCCCUCCACCAGGCAGUCUCCCUCCUGGUCUAGAAUAUUUAAGCCAGUUAGACCUGAUAAUUAUACACCAGCAGGUGGAGCUUCUUGGAAUGAUACUUGGCACUGAGACUUCCAACAAAUAUGAGAUUAAAAACAGCCUGGGACAAAGAAUUUACUUUGCAGUGGAGGAAAGCAUCUGCUUUAAUCGUACCUUCUGUUCCACACUGCGAUCUUGCACUCUAAAGAUCACGGAUAACUCAGGUCGGGAGGUGAUUACAGUAAACAGGCCUUUGAGGUGUAACAGCUGCUGGUGCCCUUGCUACCUGCAAGAGUUAGAAAUCCAAGCCCCUCCUGGUACUAUAGUUGGUUAUGUUGCACAGAAGUGGGACCCCUUUCUGCCUAAAUUCACAAUCCAAAAUGCAAACAAAGAAGAUAUUUUGAAGAUUGUUGGUCCUUGUGCACCAUGUGGCUGUUUUGGCGAUGUGGAUUUUGAGGUGAAGACCAUUAAUGAAAAGCUUACAAUUGGGAAGAUUUCGAAAUACUGGUCAGGUUUUGUAAAUGAUGUCUUCACCAAUGCUGACAACUUCGGAAUUCACGUUCCUGCAGAUCUAGAUGUAACAGUCAAAGCAGCGAUGAUAGGUGCUUGUUUUCUCUUUGAUUUUAUGUUCUUUGAACAUUCACUGGCUGGAUUAUAA